AUGGCGGCCCUUGUUCGCCUGCUGGAGCGUCUCCUCUGGCCUGCUCGCAAGGAAAAGGAGGAGGUGGAGGAGGAGGAGGAGGGGGAGGCGGGGCGCAGGGCCCUCGACGGGCCUCAGUCUCUCCUGGCCGCGCCACGGUGCACCCAGCAGCCACACGGGGGUGCCGCGGCGUCGUGGGGGCUGCGCUUCGGGGCCAGCGCAGCGCAGGGCUGGCGCGCGCGCAUGGAGGACGCGCACUGCGCUUGGCUCGCGUUACCUGGGCUGCCCCCUGGCUGGGCUUUCUUCGCUGUCCUCGACGGCCACGGAGGGGCGCGAGCUGCUCGCUUUGGCGCGCGCCACUUGCCAGGCCACGUGCUCGAGGCGCUGGGCCCGGCGCCUGGCGAGCCCGAGGGCGUGCGCUGGGCGCUGCGCCGAGCCUUCUUGAACGCAGACGAGCGCCUGCGCUCGCUCUGGCCCCGCGGCGAACCGGGUGGCUCCACGGCGGUGGCAUUGCUUGUCUCCCCGAGCUUUCUAUACCUGGCGCACUGCGGUGACUCUCGCGCCGUGCUGAGCCGUGCCGGCGCUGUGGCCUUCAGCACCGAGGACCACCGGCCUCUCCGGCCCCGGGAACGGGAGCGCAUCCACGACGCGGGCGGCACCAUCUGCCGCCGGCGCAUCGAGGGCUCUCUGGCUGUGUCGCGAGCACUGGGGGACUUUGCCUACAAGGAAGCUCCGGGGAGGCCCCCGGAGCUGCAGCUCGUUUCCGCUGAGCCCGAGGUGGCCGCACUGGCACGGCAGGCUGAGGAUGAGUUCAUGGUCCUGGCCUCUGACGGCGUGUGGGACGCUAUGUCUGGUGCUGCCCUGGCGCGGCUGGUGGCUUCCCGCCUCCGCUUGGGCCUGGCCCCAGAGCUUCUCUGCGCGCAGCUGUUGGACACGUGUCUGUGCAAGGGCAGCCUGGACAACAUGACCUGCAUCCUGGUCUGCUUCCCUGGGGCUCCCAGGCCUUGUGAGGAGGCGAUCAGGAGGGAGCUGGCACUGGACACAGCUCUGGGCCGCAGAGUCGCUGAGCUGUGUGCCUCUGCUCAGGAGCCCCCCAGCCUAAACACAGUUUUUACGACUCUGGCCUCAGAGGACAUCCCAGAUUUACCUCCUGGGGGAGGGCUGUACUGCAAGGCCAAUGUCAUCGCUGAAGCUUAUUCUCAGCUCUGCCAGGCCUCGGAAGAGUGCUGGGAGAAAGCGCGAGAUGGGGCGGGGAAGCUCACCCGCACGCAUUCGGGCUCUGUCUUGGACUUGGAGGCCUGA